CCGGGCACUCCCGCCGCGCCCGAUCCGCCUCCCGGGCCGCGCCCCGCCACUCCCAGAGCCUGGCACCAGGCCUCCAGGAUCAUGUGGUACGUCAGUACUCGGGGGAUGGCCCCACGGGUUGACUUUGAAGGGGCCCUUUUCUCUGGCUAUGCUCCGGAUGGGGGCCUCUACAUGCCCGAGGAGCUCCCUCAGCUGGACAGAGAGACCCUGCGUCAGUGGAGUGUGGUCUCCUACCCCAGCCUGGUGAAGGAGCUGUGUAGCCUCUUCAUUGGUCCUGAGCUCAUUCCAAGAGAUGACUUAAAUGAUCUGAUCGACCAAGCCUUCAGCAGAUUCCGACACAAAGAGGUGGUCCAUCUAUCCAGGUUGAGGAAUGGGCUGAACGUGCUGGAGCUGUGGCAUGGGGUCACCUACGCGUUUAAGGACCUGUCCCUGUGCUGCACAGCACGGUUCCUGCAGUACUUCCUGGAGAAGAGGAAGAAGCACAUCACCGUGGUUGUAGGAACUUCUGGGGACACGGGGAGUGCUGCCAUCGAGAGUGUUCAGGGGGCAGAGAACGUGGACCUCAUCGUUCUGCUACCCAAAGGUCGCUGCACAAAGAUUCAGGAGCUCCAGAUGACGACAGUGCUGAGAGAGAAUGUCCACGUGUUUGGAGUGGAGGGGAACAGCGAUGAACUGGACGAGCCCAUCAAGGCCGUGUUUGCCGACGUGGCCUUUGUCAAGGAGCACAACCUGAUGAGUCUGAAUUCGAUCAACUGGUCCCGGGUCCUCGUGCAAAUGGCCCACCACUUCUUCGCUUAUUUCCGGUGUGCACCAGCCUUAGACUUGCACCCACUGCCCCCCGUGGAGGUGGUUGUACCAUCGGGGGCUGCCGGUAACCUCGCAGCUGGGUUCAUCGCUCAGAAGAUGGGCCUGCCCAUCCACCUGGUCGUGGCAGUGAACUACAAUGACAUCAUCCACAGGACCGUCCAGCGGGGAGACUUCUCUCUGUCUGAGGCCGUCAAACCAACCUUGGCAUCAGCUAUGGACAUUCAGGUGCCGUACAACAUGGAGAGGAUCUUCUGGCUGCUAUCUGGCUCUGACAGCCAGGUGACAAGAGCCCUCAUGGAGCAGUUUGAAAGGACCGGAAGUGUGAGUCUACCCAAGGAAUUGCACAGCAAGCUUUCAGAGGCAGUAACGUCUCAGUCAGUGUCAGACGAGGCCAUCACCCAGACCAUGGGCCGCUGCUGGGAAGAGAACCAGUACUUGCUGUGCCCUCACUCAGCCGUGGCCGUGAGCUACCAUUACCAGCAGGUGGACAGGCGGCAGCCCAGCCCUCCCCGCUCUUGUCUGGCUCCCGCCUCUGCAGCCAAGUUCCCGGAGGCCGUGCUGGCUGCCGGGCUGACCCCGGAGACUCCCGCGGAGAUCCUCGCCCUGGAGCACAAGGAGGCGCGCUGUACCCCGAUGCGGAAGGGUGACGACUGGACGCGGAUGCUUCGGGGCCUGAUUGAGGACCUGAGCCGGCAGUGGCAGGGGCGCUUCCGGAAAGCGCCGGCAUAGCCAGGGUGGAGCUGGCUUCCUUUAGGCUUCGGACCCUGGGAGGUGUCCCCUCUGAGCUGCCUUGUGCACCUUCUCUCCGUGCAGGUGCCUUGCGCACCUUCUCUCCAUGCUUCGGAUCCUGGGAGGUGUCCCCUCUGAGCUGCCUUGUGCACCUUCUCUCCAUGCAGGUGCAGGAGUUUCUCAGGGUCUGGAGCCAGCGGGCUGUGCUGUUCCCUGGCUGCUCGGUGCUCUCACCGUGGCUGGC